AUGGCCGACGGCCAGGUCCGCAGUGGAGCUCUUAAUAUCUUGCUCCUUCUCAGCUGGAAGCUAUAUUUAUGGCCUAUCUGGUUCAGUCCUCUGCGCAAUUUGCCUGAGCCACCAGGCGGGCACCGACUCCAUGGCCAUGUGAGGCUCAUCCCAAAUGAGCGAUCUGGAAUACCGAUGCAGGAAUGGAUCAAUGAGGUACCCAACAAUGGUCUUAUUCGAUAUCGCAUGUGGUUUAACAAGGAGGAAGUCCUUGUCCUCGACCCGAAGGGGCUUUCUGAGGUUUUGGUGCAGAAGAAUCAUGAGUUCGCUAAGCCAUACAGGCUGCGAAAGGGAUUAGGCAGGAUUCUGGGUGUUGGCUUGAUUAUUGCUGAGGGGGAGGAACACAAGAGACAACGCAAGCUCCUCAUGCCAGCUUUUUCACACAGGCACAUUAAAGAUCUAUAUCCUCUUUUCUGGGAAAAGUCCGUCGCACUUGCCCGCGAAAUCGACGCGAACAUCAAGCAAACUGCGGACCAAUCAAGCAAAGUCUUCGACGUGGCAGACUGGCUGGCACGUUCUACCCUGGAUAUCCUUGGCGCGGCUGGUCUCGGGGAAGAAUUCGACACGCUCCAUAACCCAGAUAAUGAGAUAUGUCAAGCCUACCGCAAUGUGUUCGAGCAAUCGCCUCCUAAAGGCAUUAUUGCCAUUGGGCUAUUCUUGUUGCGUGAGGCCGUCACAACAGCGCUGAAUUUGCAGCGGGAUGACAGUAUCUCUGUGGCGACCAAGACCUUAACGGGAGUGGCACGUCAGUUGAUUAGUCGGAAGAGAGAUCUCAGCAUUGAAAAGCCGGAGGGCGGUAGGAAAGACAUCAUUUCCGUUGCACUGGAGUCGGGGGCGUUCACGGACUCGAUGCUGGAGAACCACCUCUUGACGUUCCUAGCAGCCGGACACGAAACCACAGCGACUUCGAUGACCUGGGCUUUAUAUGCAUUAUGCUUGUAUCCCGACGUCCAACAGCGACUGCGCGAGGAGGUGCGAGAAAAAUUACCGCGCAUUCUGAAUGAUGGCCCCGCUUGUGCCUAUGACGGCCGAUCUGUUGGACAGUCUGCCGUAUCUGCAUGCUUUCAUAACACCUCCAUCAUGGGCCAGUUCAUUCCCGCCGGUACGGAGAUCGUGAUUUCCCCCCGUGCGCUGAAUGUGUCCCGGGAACUAUGGGGAGACGAUGCGGCUGUCUUCAACCCUGAUCGGUGGCUUGGGCCUAAUCAGGCCAAUACAGGUGGAGGAAAAACCAAUUUUUCCUUUAUGACUUUUCUUCAUGGCCCGCGGUCUUGCAUAGGGCAGGGCUUUGCUCGUGGUGAAUUUGCCAGUCUACUUGCAGCGCUAACGGGCUCUUUUGAAAUGACUCUAGCCCAAGAUAAGGACGUUAUCAUUGAGACGGGUCUGACCUCUCGGCCCAAGGGAGGAUUGCGUGUGCGAUUCCGUCCGCUGUGA